AUGGCUGCAUCAGUCAGACUUACUACAACCUCACACCCUAGCUUGAGGAUCCAGCUGAGUCCAAGCUGGAAACAACUGGGCAUACAGUGGGCCAACAAUACUGAAUACCUCAUUCUCAACUCUUGGCAAGAUGAGAAGAAUCAGGUGUUGAUUACAAAUGCUUGGCUGCAGAUGUACUGGGUUGAUAUUUACUUGUCUUGGGAUCAGUACGAAUACCCGGGUGUGCAGAAUUUACGAUUUCCAGCUGACCAGAUUUGGGUACCUGAUAUUCUUCUCUAUAACAGUGCGGAUGAGAGAUUCGAUGCAACAUUUCACACAAAUGUGCUGGUGAAUUACUCUGGAUCCUGUCAAUAUAUUCCUCCAGGCAUUUUGAAGAGCACAUGUUACAUUGAUGUCCGCUGGUUCCCAUUUGAUGUGCAGAAGUGUGAUUUGAAGUUUGGCUCUUGGACUCACAGUGGUUGGCUGAUUGACCUGCAGAUGCUUGAGGCUGAUAUUUCCAACUACAUCUCAAAUGGAGAGUGGGAUUUAGUGGGUAAAUUGACUUGCCUAAAUUUUUUUCAGUACUCUAAUUUUCAAAGGCGGAACCCAAAUAGAUAGAAAUUAUUGUAUAUUCAGAUCUGUAUUUGAAAUACAGGUAUGAAAAGUUUUCAUGUAAAACCUUUUACAUGAAAAAAGAAGAAAAAAAUCACAGAUCAAAAACAACUUUUCAAGUGCAUUCUUUGAAAUGUGUCUGAAAACACUGUGUUCUGAAGCAACUGCCUAAGUCUAAGUGCACAAAUGAAAUCUAGUGGUGCUGAUGCAUCUGAGCAGUUUGUCAGAACUGUACUUAGAUGUGUCUUAUGUAGACACACUGAAUGCUACUGUCACAUCUACUCAAACACAUCACUAAAGAAUUGAUUGGUGUAAAAAAUGGUAUUUCAGCAAAACUGGAAUUAGCUUUUACAGAGAUUAUCCUGUUCACUCUGAAAACCAUCAAAGCCUCUAACAGUUUGUAAUAUCUGGAAAUAACUGCAGCUUAGUGUGUCUCCUUUUUCGUGGUUCAGGAUGUACUUGUAUUUUUAAACGAGGAACUUGUGUCCAGAAUUAGUUAUUCAUAGUUAGCUCCUAGUGAAUUAUUUUGAACUCAUUUAAGUAGGUGUAAAUCAGAAGUCAAGCUACGGAAAUGGGCAGAGUUUAGACCACAUUAAUGGUAACUUGCAGCCAUUUUUUUUCUAGUCUAGAUAUUCGAUCAAGGGAAUCACUAACCCAGAACAGCUGAAUAUGCCAUUCAGGGCAUCUGAGAAUAAAAUAAGAAACAUAAUCAGUAUUCAGGAGUGCUGGAGGACUGCAUAGGAAAGUCCUCCUAAAGUCAGUUUAUUCCAGAGCAUUUCUAACUUUCCAGUACUUUGAUCCUAUUUUUCC